GUGUCCGCGUGCACCAACAAGCAAGGUUUAAUUAAAUCUUUAAGACAAUAGUUAUUAUCUAUAUUAUCUCACCAUGUUUGUCCUACCAUAAACUAUAAUGGCGCAAUACGAGUGAGAUAGGCAUUCGGCCGUGGGACGGCGAGUGAGUUUUGGAAAUUGGAUGUUUUAAAUUAGGAAUGGUAUCUCCUGCCGUGAAGCAGUCUUGGGCGGUAUCAGGUGUGCUCUUGAACAUGCUGGGACAAGGCAUGGUCCUCAGCUUCCCGGCCGUUCUGCUGCCGGGGCUGAAGGCUGACGACUCCACCAUUAGGACUGACUUGGACACUAUGUCUUGGCUUGCUUCUGUCGUCGGUCUGGCGAGUUUCCCCGGUUUUCUGAUCUCUGCAAUCUUCAUGGAGCUGUGGGGCCGGAAGCUCUCACAAAUCCUGGCCAUCGUACCAGGAACGCUGGGCUGGCUGCUCAUCUACUUCGCCAAGGAUGUCACCACUCUCAUGGCUGGCAGGAUCCUUUGCGGCAUCACCGCCGGCGCCAGCGUCACUUUAGGAGCCGUCAUCAUCGGGGAGUACACCAGCCCACAGCUCCGGGGCAUGUUCCUGAACCUCAAGACUGCUUCCGUCUGCGUGGGAAAUACUCUCGUUCACCUUUUAGGCCAUUUAUAUACUUGGAGAACUGUUGCCAUUUUCGGACUUGUACCCCAUAUUAUUGCUUUCGGAAUUAUCUGCACCUGGCCAGAAAGCCCGACGUGGUUGGCCGCAAGAUUUAAGUUUGAUGAGAGUGAGAAGGCCUGGUUGUGGCUGCGAGGUAAUGACCGUUUCUCAAGAAACGAGUACGACAGUUUGGCUAGACCUCAAAAGCAGAGACUUUCUGAAAUACGAGAGAAAUCCAGCGUCCAAAGGCACGUGGUGUUAUUUUUGCAAAAGUUCACUCGAAAAGACUUUCUGAAACCCCUACUCAUAAUACUCUUUGCUGGUAUUUUGCUCGAGGCGUGUGGGAGGCACAUUUUCCCAGCCUACGCACUACAGAUCAUCGAAGAGAUUACAGAAGAUAAGUCAAAAACAUUCCAUUACACGUUAAUCAUAGAUCUGAUAACGACAUUCAGUUCCAUGUUCUCGUCUGCGCUGGUCCGUAUGCUGAAGAGACGUAUCUUACUCUUCGUUACUGGAGGAGCAUCUUUAGUUGUGUUAAUGGUUAUUUGUGGCUACCUUUAUCUGACAGACAUAGACGUGAUAUCUAAGGACCGCCAUUGGCUGCCAGUGUCGAUGUUUAUGCUGUACUUUUGCUAGCAAACUUGGGAUGUACUCCUAUACCUCUAGCAUUGCUCGGUGAGGUGUUCCCGGUAGCGCAUAGAGGAGCAGGUUCCGCGAUGUCAGGAUUAACGCUGGCUAUUUGUCUCAUGGUCGCUUUGAAGAUCACCCCCGCAAUGCUA